UGGCUGGUCGCGGAGUGGAGCGCCUUCGCGGCGCCCGAGGAGCUGCUCCAGGGGGAGAGAGGCGGCCUAGGGGGUCGCGCGGCCUACGCGGCAGAACGGCGGGAGCACCGGCACUAACAGGGGUGUCGCAGAUGUCGGUCGAGCGCCGGGCGCCCUCUUCUAUCGCUCUCCCCCCCCCCCUCAGCGACCCUCUCUUAGCAGGCCGGGAGAAGGCCUCCUUCCUUGCUGGGCAGUGGCGCCCAGUCUCGGAUAGGGACCCAAGGGCGGGGGGAAGGCGUCGUUUAAUAUCGCCCUUUUAUAUAUGAUGCUUGUCCCCAUUUCCCCGUCCUGUCAUUGUUUAGUCGCAUCUCAUCUCUUCCUCCCCGCCCACCUUCAGCGGUGCUGACAUCUUCUCUUGCCUCCGUGAAAUGUGUGCUGGGUCUGUUCGUGGGACACUACAGGGAUAUAAUGAAGCAGUGCAGAAGACGCCAGAAUAAUUGGAAGGGGUGGGCGAGAAUGGAGAAAACAGAUGCAGUAUAAUAUUUUAGGAGGUGGAAAAGCAAUGUGCCUGAGAAGGGGUGCGAUAAUUGGCAGCUUCAUCGCAUCAGCUACCAAAAGGCAACCCUGCCUGUUAUUCUUUUCCUCCCCCUUUUCUUCUGUAUCCCCCAUACACACAUACUGCUUUUUCAAAGUAUAUAGUGUUAAAUUCCAUAUUCCCCAUGCUCCCUGUGCUUCUAGUCAUUCUGGUAUCUCCUACACUUGCUUCUUUCACACCUCAGGAACAGGCUAUGAAUAGAAGACUAUAGCAGUGCCAGACCGUUUUUCUCUUCCUUUUCUCCUGUUGCACCCUUGAAAUACUAGAUAAUGGUGCCAGCACCUACCACUACCAAAAAAGAGCUACCAGGGCCUCCAUAUUUUGCACCCCUGAAUUGCACAUCUUCUUUCCUCAACCCCCCAAUAAACUACUAGUCACAAUUCGGACUCCUUCCCUGAGAAAUGAGUGCUUCACCUUCAGAAUUUUACCUCCUCUUAAAAUUGUUAGAUUAGAUUUACAAAUUCAUGACAGUUAUUAAUCUCUGAAUGAACGAUUAAAAAAUAAUAAAAUUGUAUAGGGUCCUUCUACUUGCCCUGGAUCUAUUUGCCCUGGAUUUCUGAUAGGAACAAAGUCCACUGAUACCCUAAUGGCUGAUUUAUCGUAGCUUGAGUUGUGAGGUUACUUUAUCAUAUGAACGAUCUUCAGUCUUGCUAAUAUACUGAUGAUACUCAGGGUGGGUAGCAGACAAUCUGAGGGAACAGUUUUGCCGUUCUUCUGGAUGUGGUUUUGUGAUGCCGCAGAUAUAGAAAUAGAUUGUGAUGCUGCAUAUAGAAACUUGUAGUGAUAUGUGAAUGUAGAUCUGGCCACUUCUAUCUGCUUUUGUCACAUUUUGGUUGAACUUCAAUGGCAUGCUGCAUGUAGAACUGCUGUUGAAGAGAGUUUAGAAGCUGAAGCCAAUGCAGAAUGCACUACCUGGCUAUUGCCAAGCACCCUGUUACUCAGAGCACAGUUUGUUUGAUUGCAUUGUCUUCCAAUCUGUUCCUAACCCCAAGUUUCAUUUCAUUUAAAGCUGUAAAGCAGUUUGGUCCUAAGAAAAAGGACAACUCACUGCCACAUGAUUCUGCUAACCAUUUGUUAUUAGUUUACAUUACAUUUAUAUCUCUCUUGUAAGGAAUCCAAGGUGACUUACAAGGUUCUCCUCCUUGCCACUUUAUCCUCACAACAACAUGUGAGGCUGUGACUGGCCCAAAGUCACCCAUUGAACUUGCUGGUUGAGUGGGGAUGAGAACAAACACCUCUGGAAUCACUCUUAAUCACUGUACCACAUUGGCUCUCAGUUAAUAUUAUCAGAAGAGGUUCUGCUUUGUAUCCUAUCAUUUUCUGAUUUAAGCUGAUGGAUAUUUAUUUAUUUAUUAGUUUUGGGUUUUUUUAAUCCCACAUCUUUAGCCAUAAGCUUCCCUGGAUGAUAUGUGGGAUAGGUUGUACUGCGAGCAGUGCCAGCCCUUUAUUCUCUUCUCUGAAAUCUGCCUAGACCCGUUCAUCUUGACUCUUAUAUGUUAUAUGUUUCAGUAGGAUUUUAAUGUUGAAUUAAUUCUUUCCUGAGUAUGACUGUUUUAAUAUUGACACUGGCUUUUUUUCUCUUGUUACUGCUUCCUGUUUUGUUUGCAUGAUUAUUUUGUAAGCUGGUGUGAGUAACUUCUAUAGCCAAAAAGUAGCACCGAUAUUUUAAUAUAAAGUAAAUUUAUUUAGUUCUCUUACAUACAGUGCAUAAAUUGUCUCCAUUGCAUUGCAUCCAAAUGUCCACAGUGUACUAUGGCCUUCUUGCUCUAGAACAUGAGUGGGCAACUGGUAGCCCUCUAGAUCUUGCUGGCUCUCAACUCCCAUCAUGUCUCACCAUUGGCUAUGAUGGCUAGUGUUGAUGAGAACUGCAAUCCAACAAUAUCUGGAGAGCAAGAAGUUGCUCACCUUUGCUCAACAGCUGCACUGUACAUUACUUAAUCAUUGUUGCUGAACUGAGGUAUCUAGUAGGUGGCUACAUCCAGUGAUGUGGAUCUUCCAUGUGGAUUUUGAGAACACAUUUAUACAGCUACCUUGCUUUUGGAUUUGAGUAUGAGCACAGUUGAAGAAGAGUCUGACACAGUGACAGUAGAAACCGUGAAUUCUGUGACUUUGACCCAAGACACUGAAGGGAACCUUAUUCUUCACUGCCCUCAGGAUGAGGCAGAUGAAGUAGAUUCAGAAGACAGCACUGAACCUCCACACAAAAGGCUUUGCUUAUCAUCUGAAGAUGACCAAAGUAUUGAUGACACCACCCCAUGCAUUUCUGUUGUUGCCGUUCCAAUUUCAGAAAGUGAUCAAAGCUUUGAGGUGACUAUGACUGCUACCACAGAGGUAGCUGAUAAUGAGGUUAACGAAGGAACUGUUACUCAGAUCCAGAUUCUUCAAAAUGAACAGCUGGAUGAAAUCUCUUCUUUAGGCAACGAAGAAGUGUCAGCUGUUAGCCAAGCCUGGUUUACAACCAAAGAGGAUAAAGAUUCUUUAACAAACAAAGGUCAUAAAUGGAAGCAGGGAAUGUGGUCUAAAGAAGAAAUUGACAUUUUGAUGAGCAACAUUGAACGCUAUUUAAAGGCACAUGGAAUAAAAGAUGCUACUGAAAUCAUCUUUGAGAUGUCAAAAGAUGAAAGGAAAGAUUUCUACAGGACCAUUGCUUGGGGUCUGAACCGGCCUCUCUUUGCUGUUUAUAGACGAGUACUUCGCAUGUAUGAUGACCGAAAUCACGUUGGCAAAUAUACUCCUGAUGAAAUUGAGAAGCUCAAGGAGCUAAGAAUAAAGCAUGGGAAUGACUGGGCAACUAUAGGAGCUGCCCUUGGUAGAAGUGCGUCUUCAGUUAAAGACCGAUGUAGACUGAUGAAGGACACCUGCAAUACUGGGAAAUGGACAGAAGAAGAAGAAAAGAGGUUAGCAGCAGUGGUACAUGAAUUAACAAGUACAGAACCUGGUGAUAUUGUCACACAAGGCGUAUCUUGGGCUGCUGUGGCAGAACGAGUUGGAACACGGUCUGAAAAGCAGUGCCGCUCCAAAUGGCUCAACUACCUAAACUGGAAACAGAGUGGAGGCACUGAAUGGACUAAGGAAGACGAAAUAAACCUGAUCCUUAGAAUAGCAGAGCUAGAAGUAGCUGAUGAAAACGAUAUCAAUUGGGAUCUGCUGGCUGAAGGCUGGAGCAGCGUGCGCUCGCCGCAGUGGCUUCGCAGUAAAUGGUGGACGAUCAAAAGGCAGAUUGCAAAUCACAAAGAGGUUUCUUUUCCUGUUCUUAUAAAAGGUCUGAAACAGCUCCAUGAAAGCCAAAAAAACACUCCAGGGCAUCAACUUUCAGAGAAUAAAUCCUUACCCGGGUUCCCAAAUGCUCAUUCCGCUUCUGGGGUUCAACACGUUCAGAUUCGAGUGGCUCGCUUAGACGAAAAUUCAAGCAACUCUUCAGGCCCCAUGGCAGCUUUGCAAAUUCCAGUCCAGAUUACUCAUGUCUCUUCUUCUGAUUCCCCUGCUGCUUCAGUUGAUUCUGAGACUAUAACUCUGAAUAGUGGAACACUACAGACCUUUGAAAUUCUGCCAUCUUUCCAUCUGCAGCCUACGGGAACUCCAGGCACUUAUUUACUGCAGACAAGCUCAAGCCAGGGGUUGCCUUUGACACUAACCACCAGCCCAACUGUGACCCUUACAGCUGCUGCUGCUGCUGCACCAGCCUCACCAGAACAGAUCAUUGUCCACGCUUUAUCCGCGGAACUUACUGUUGAUUCAGACAUUCAGCCAGUCGACCUAGCGGACCCUCCAACCUCCCUGGAAGAAGAUGCUUUUCCUGACGAGAUCCACCCCGCAAAGCUGGCUGUUGAAGAGCAGUCCACUUACAGCGAAGACGACUCUUCCAAAUUUGGUGGCAGAAAUAGCACUGAACUCAUAGACAGGGUCAUGGUAAGAGCCAGAGAAGAGAUUCUGGAUACAGACCUCAAGCAUGAAGAGCAUUGUCAGUCCAAUUUGGCUGGAACAUACGUUUCUGAGGAUCUCAGUUCUCCAACAACAGAAGAGCAAGUUGAACAGUCCACUAUGGAUGAAACAGUUCUCAUUGUACCUUCUCCACGCGGCUUUAUUCAGACAUCAGAUGAUAUAGACAGUGAAUCGGUCUUGCCUCUAACAACACUAACAGAUCCUAUAUUGCAACACCAUGGAGAAAAUUCCCAUAUUAUUGGCUCCUCUCUGGACAGUCCUGGUUCUGAAGACUCAAAGGAUGUGGAAGAUUUAGUAACCUGCCACUAAUCACGCCGCAUGGUCUCAUGAGGCACAUAUUUGUGUCGUGAAACAGCUGUCCGUAACCUCUGAAUCACCACUUCAAGUGAAGCAUUUGCUGGCCACAGAAGCAUGUUGAUUUCAUGCUUUAAAGGGGUUACACCUGCACCUGCUCAAAGCCAAGGUUUUAGUAUUUCACAGGAGGUGCUGAUCCCUGAACUUGACUGCUUAGAGACUGAAUCUGCCAGUGAGGGAGUUCCUUCACUCUUUUACGCCUAUAUAGUGCAGUAACAAGAGUGAGCUCACUAAAGAAAGGAAUUCUUCCUGCGCAUUGAUCAGCCUGUCUCGGGACAAAAUAUAGUUCUACAGCAGUAACUAUAGAAAGCAAGGAGUAGCAUUAGAAAAAGUUUGUUUUCUAACAGUGUUACUUCUAGUGUCCUCAGAGCAUAAAAUGCUGCUAGAAUCGCACCUGACCUUGGUGGUUGCUAAAGAAUCUAUUGCUGGCAAUGGAUGUAGCCGUAGAAUGACCAGAUGUCAUUCUUCAACCUCUGUAGCUGUCACUACAACAGCAAGUGCAAGAGAAAGAAGAGGAUAAAAGAACCCCCCCUGCAAUAAACUUAAUGCAAGUUUAAAUGCAAAAUCCUUCCAACUUUUAUCCAGAUCUCUAUUAUAGGAGGAAGAGCAUCUUCAGAGAUAGCUAUAAUUCAGCUGGAUGAGGCCAAGGGUAGUACAGUCUGGACCACACCUUUACAGAAUGAGCUCAGCAAUGCAUUUACGUUCCGUCUCCUGUGGAAGGGCUGUAAAAGAUACUAAGCUGAGCUUAGAGUAUAGCCUGAGAGGGAAAGCUGAUUCAAUACUACAAGGAUAUGUAAAAAACACAAAAACCCAAUAUUUAUUGCUGUAAUUAGCUUCCUCAGACAUUAGCUUGUCUUCAGUCUGUGGCUUUAUGUGAAAAUGAAGUUGUAGUUAACAGAACAGUUGGUUGCUUAGGAAGGGAACAGAAAUAACUGUGUUCAGUUUAAUACAAGUGAGAACCCUUGUCUUCUGUAACAGUAGAAUGCCUUUUAUUUAUACUGAAGUACAGACAUUUGCAGUGCUGCAGUUUUUGUACAGUGUAAUAAAAAUGCAAUUUUUUCCCAAAAGGAAAAAGCUCGUGCUAUUCUGAGACA